AUGAGCUCCAGCAAGGAUUCCCGCGCGCCUUCGUCAUCCUCCCAAACUCGCUCGAAUAAGUCGCCGACCAUUACCAUAUCCAACGGCGAGCUGCCACCGCCUCCCGUUUCCCAUCCUCACGAUGCUCUCCUACCGCCCCCGGCUAUGGCGCAUGCCAUCCGAUCCAUGAACGAUCUCAGCGGCCCCAUCGCCCUGCGCGACCGCUCCCUCAUCGCCUCCUCCGAUACCCCUCCAGCCAUGCGAAGCGUCGUCUCGACCGCCCCGAACUCUCCUAGAAUUCCGCCAGUCAGACAAAACUCGGGAGGAACGACCCCACGACUCCGCCCCCAUCCCGCCACACUCAACGUCCCUGGCAUGACCGUCUCAAGAGCGUCGCCCGAUGGAAAGAUUAGCGACAGAGAUGUCGCGGCGAAGCUGGUCAUCAUCAUGGUCGGCCUGCCCGCGAGAGGAAAAUCAUACAUCACCAAGAAGGUCCAAAGAUACCUAUCAUGGCAGCAGUAUAACUCGCGCAUCUUCAAUGUCGGAAACAGGAGACGUGUGGCCGCGGGCAUUUCUUCCCCCAUGAAGUCCCCCAUGAAAUCGCCUUGGUCCCCUUCGCCCAUGAAGUUCGAUCCCCCGACGCAAGCCGCCUCCAUCCUGUUGAACGGUCACACAGCGCACAACACCAAGAAAGAGCCCGCAGAGCUGGACCUGAACACACCCGAUGCCGACACGAUGGACCAAUCAGCCAAGUUCUUCGAGCCGAGCAACGAGACCGCAUCCAAGAUCCGCGAGCAGGUUGCUCUCGACACCUUGGACGAACUGCUGGAUUACCUCCUUCACCAAGGCGGCUCCGUCGGUAUUCUUGAUGCAACCAACAGCACCAUUCACCGCCGUCAGCUUUUGGUCGACCGAAUUAAGGAGAGGGAGCCCAAGCUUGGAAUCCUCUUCAUUGAGAGUAUCUGCCACGACCAGAACCUUUUGGAGGCAAACAUGCGCCUCAAGCUUUCAGGCCCCGACUACAAGGACAAGGAUCCGCACCAGUCCCUCGCAGACUUCAAGAAGCGCGUUGCCGCCUAUGAGAGCGCCUACGUUCCCAUUGGCGAUUAUGAGGAGGCCCAUGACAUGCAGUACAUCCAGAUGAUUGACGUUGGACGCAAAUUGGUUCAACACAGACUCCGCGGGUUCCUGAGUGGCGGAAUCAGCUCCUACCUUACGACUUUCAAUCUGGCCCCGAGGCAAAUUUGGCUUACACGGCACGGACAAAGUGUUGACAACCGCCUCGGAAAGCUUGGCGGUGACUCGGAUUUGACCCCCGAUGGAGAGCAAUACGGCAAAGCCCUCCACGACUUCAUCACUCAAAAGCGAAAAGAAUGGCUCAUCGAGCAGAAGGAUAAGAUUGCGCAGUCAUCCUUCCCUCCCAAGGCCGGCGAUCACACCCCGCCGUACCCCGAGCUCAACCGCGAGUUGGAGGAGAAGAACUUCUGCGUGUGGACAUCGAUGCUGAAGCGCAGCGUCCAGACGGCGGAACAUUUCGAGGCCGACGACGAUUAUGAUGUCAAGAAUUGGGCCAUGUUGAACGAGCUCAAUGCUGGCCUUUUUGAGGGCAUGACCUACGAGGAGAUCGCAAGGAGAUUUCCCGGCGAGUACAAGAAGCGCGCCGAAGACAAGCUUCACUACACUUACCCUGGCGUUGGCGGUGAGGGAUACCUCCAAGUUAUCGCACGCCUACGCGACAUGGUGCGCGAAAUCGAGCGCAUCGAAGACCACGUCCUCAUCAUCGGCCACCGCUCGGUCUGCCGAGUUCUCAUGGCGUAUUUCAUGGAUCUUACUCGCAACGAAAUUGCGGAUUUGGAUGUUCCGUUGGGCAUGCUCUACUCGAUUGAGCCCAAGCCUUACGGCUACGACUUCCACGCCUACCGCUACAGCGCCGACAAGGCGACUUUCGCCGAAAUCCCCAACUACCGACCCCAGCGCACCGUCGACCGCGCUGCGUAG